GUUCCUGCGCUCAUGUUGGAGGAUGAAAACAGGAGGCUCAGUUUGUGCUCCAGCAGCUCAGGAGAGAGAUGUGACGACACACGCUGUGAUUUCAGGGAAGCUGUUUGAAUGAUCAUGGCUGGACUGGAAUGCAACAAAUAUCUGUCGCUUACCAGCGAGAUGGAGCUGAUUUUAACUGAAGACAUCUGACACCAUGAUGAUGUUGAGAAUGAAUUUCAUCAUCUUGUGUCUCUCAGUCUUAUUGUUUUGUACCUGUCCCAGCUCAGCAGCUGAUGUUCAUCAGAGGUCAGUGGUACCCAGAGCAGCAUCCCGCUCUGUGGCAAGGAUGGAUGGUGAUAUCAUCAUCGGCGCUCUGUUUUCUGUCCAUCACCAACCAGCGGCAGAGAAGGUCUCAGAAAGAAAGUGCGGUGAGGUCAGGGAACAGUACGGGAUCCAAAGGGUGGAAGCGAUGUUUUAUACACUAGAUAGAAUAAACGCUGAUCCAAACCUUCUUCCCAACAUCACUCUGGGUUGUGAGAUCAGGGACUCCUGCUGGCACUCAUCAGUUGCUUUGGAACAGAGUAUUGAGUUCAUAAGAGACUCGCUUAUCUCCAUCCGUGAUGACAAGGACGGGCAGAAGUGGUGCGUUGAGGGAAAUCCUUCCGCUCAGCCGCCAGCCACCAAAAAGCCCAUCGCUGGUGUGAUUGGACCUGGAUCCAGUUCAGUGGCCAUUCAAGUUCAGAACCUGCUGCAGCUGUUCAACAUCCCUCAGAUCGCGUACUCCGCUACAAGCAUAGAUCUUAGCGAUAAAACCCUCUAUAAGUACUUCCUUAGGGUCGUGCCCUCUGACACUCUUCAGGCCAGAGCUCUCCUGGACAUUGUUAAACGCUACAACUGGACGUAUGUGUCAGCAGUUCACACUGAGGGGAACUAUGGAGAGAGUGGGAUGGAGGCCUUUAAGGAAUUGGCAUCCCAGGAAGGUCUGUGUAUCGCCCAUUCUGACAAGAUCUACAGCAAUGCUGGGGAGAAACACUUUGACCGACUGCUGAGGAAACUGCGAGAGCGUCUGCCAAAAGCUCGUGUGGUGGUGUGUUUCUGUGAGGGGAUGACUGUUCGUAGUCUUCUCAUGGCCAUGAGACGCCUUGGUGUAGCUGGAGAAUUCCUCCUCAUUGGCAGUGACGGCUGGGCGGACAGGGAUGAGGUCGUGGAGGGCUACGAGCAGGAAGCUGUGGGCGGCAUCACUAUGAAGCUACAGUCGGAGGAGGUCACGUCCUUCGAUGACUAUUACCUGAAGUUACGGCUCAACACCAACAAUAGAAACCCCUGGUUUGCUGAAUUCUGGCAGCAUCGUUUCCAGUGCCGCCUCCCGGGACAUCCACAAGAAAACACAAAUUAUAAGAAGAACUGCUCAGGUGAUCUAGAACUCCAAGAUGGUUAUGAAAGCCUGGAGGACAACUAUGUCCAGGACAGUAAGAUGGGCUUCGUCAUUAAUGCCAUCUAUGCCAUGGCUCACGGUCUUCAUGAUAUGCAUGAGCACUUGUGUCAGGGUCAUGUGGGACUGUGUGAUGCCAUGGACCCCAUUGAUGGCAGCAAACUGCUGGACUUUCUCCUCAAGACCUCGUUUACUGGUGUGUCUGGAGAAGAUGUGUGGUUUGAUGAAAACGGGGACUCGCCUGGCAGGUAUGACAUUAUGAACCUGCAAUAUGUAGAACCUGGAGUCUAUGACUAUAUAAAUGUCGGCUCGUGGCAUAAAGGCGUUUUAAGUAUCGAUGAUUAUAUGAUCCAGAUGAACCGUAGUGAGAUGGUCCGAUCUGUUUGCAGUGAGCCCUGCUCCAAAGGAGAGAUCAAGGUGAUCAGGAAAGGGGAGGUGAGCUGCUGUUGGAUCUGUACGGCCUGUAAAGACAAUGAAUAUGUGCAGGAUGAGUUCACCUGCAAAGCCUGUGAGCUGGGAUGGUGGCCGGACAAAGAGCUGCAAGUCUGUGAGCCCCUUCCCCUGCGCUACCUGGAGUGGAGUCAUCCUGAAUCCAUCGCGGCUGUCGUCUUUUCAUGUCUGGGCAUCCUAGUGACCAGUUUCGUCACCUUCAUCUUCAUACUGUACCGAGACACGCCAGUCGUCAAGUCCUCCAGUCGUGAACUUUGCUACAUCAUCCUGGCUGGCAUCUUCCUGGGUUACAUCUGCCCCUUCACUCUCAUCGCCCGUCCCACCAUAGCCUCGUGUUACCUGCAGCGCCUCCUCGUGGGCCUCUCAGCCUCAAUGUGCUACUCAGCUCUCGUCACCAAGACCAACCGCAUCGCUCGCAUUCUGGCCGGCAGCAAGAAAAAAAUAUGCACGCGCAAACCACGCUUCAUGAGCGCCUGGGCGCAAGUGGUGAUCACAUCCAUCCUGGUCAGUGUGCAACUUUCUUUAGAGGUCACAUUGAUCAUCUUGGAGCCUCCGGAGCCCAUAAAGUCCUACCCAAGUAUUCGAGAAGUUUUCCUAAUAUGCAACACCAGCAAUUUGGGCAUGGUUGCACCAUUGGGCUACAACGGCCUGCUCAUUCUCAGCUGCACCUAUUAUGCGUUUAAAACUCGCAACGUCCCUGCCAACUUCAACGAGGCCAAGUACAUCGCCUUCACCAUGUACACCACCUGUAUUAUCUGGUUGGCCUUUGUGCCAAUCUACUUUGGCUCCAACUACAAGAUCAUCACCACGUCGUUCUCCGUGAGCCUCAGCGUGACGGUGGCUCUCGGCUGCAUGUUCACUCCAAAAAUGUACAUAAUUAUCGCCAAGCCCGAGAGGAACGUACGCAGCGCAUUCACCACCUCCGAUGUGGUGCGCAUGCAUGUGGGCGAUGGAAAAAUUGCUUGCAGGAGCAACAGCCUGCUAAACAUGUUCAAACGCAAGAAGAACGCAUCUGGAAAUGCCAAGUAAGUAGCUCAGCGGCAUUAGUGCAGUCUCUCUCCAUCCUGUUGCGUUAGAGCCCAUGGGUCCAGUCCUGUUAUUCCAGCUUCUCUCCAGAUCUUAAGAUCAUGCCAAUUUCAGGAGCUUCUUCAAUUAACGGCUCUCUCAGACAUCUUGUGAUUUGCAGGUCAACUACAAUUAAAACCUGCACACCCAGGGGCAUCUGAGCAGCACGGCUGGGGGAGACUGAGAGACUAUAGUAGUUUUAGAUG